ACCGAACAUAUCGAGAUGCGUGUCAUCACAGAUAUUAUUAACAAGAGGCGACGACGAUACAACAGAGCUUCUCUUUCCUUGCAGUCAUGGCGUCGACUUCGACGAGCAAACUUCUUCUCCUAAUCUGCUACGUUUCUCUUAUCUUCUCUGUAUCAUCAUCAUCAUCAUCUGAUCUGCCAUCUUCUCCGAAAGUGUCGCUGGGCCUGUACUACGAGUCUCUCUGCCCGUACUGUUCUUCAUUCAUCGUUAACCACCUCACGAAGCUCUUCGAAGACGAUCUCAUAUCAAUCGUCGAUCUCCAUCUCUCUCCGUGGGGUAACACCAAGCUCCGCUCCGAUAAUGCCACUGCCGUUUGCCAGCACGGUGCGUUUGAAUGCUUAUUGGAUACAGUUGAGGCUUGUGCGAUUGAUGCGUGGCCUAAAUUGAGCGAUCAUUUCCCGUUUAUCCACUGUGUUGAGAGUUUGGUGACUGAGCACAAGUACGACAAGUGGGAGACUUGUUAUCAGAAGCUCAAUCUCAACUCUAAACCUGUUUCGGAUUGUCUCAGCAGUGGACAUGGAGACAAGCUUGAGUUGAAGUAUGCUGCAGAAACGAGUGCACUUCAGCCUCCUCAUCAGUACGUUCCUUGGGUAGUGGUUGAUGGUCAGCCACUUUAUGAGGAUUAUGAGAACUUCAUAAGCUACAUCUGCAAAGCUUACAAAGGUACUAAAAAGCCUGAUGCGUGUGCCAAAUACUCAUCCAGCCACUUCAUUCGAAGUGCUAAAGUGAAUCGCUUCCCUCUGGUUUGCCGGAAGGGUGUCAACAGGAUGUGGGAUUUGUUGGAACGUGUCAAAACCUCUUUGUUGUCGUACACAGGCCUGCUAUAAACACCUUCUCUUUCUUUUGUGAUAUGUAACAUGAUAACUCUCAGAAUUUAUAUAGAUUCUGAGAUAUGAUGAAUGUAUGGUUGUUGGGUUGUGUAAGAGACCGGUUAAUAAUGUCAAAGUAAACUGUUAGUUGUUUUUGCU